AUGGCUAUAGGGGAGCCGCGCUCCUUCACGGUGGCACCGCUGAUGCUGAUCACUGGUGCGUCUUCCACGGAAACAGAGCUUAACACGGCCCUUACGAGCCCAUUCACACUCCUAGAUCCCGUCGUCACCGUUCUGAUAUCCACAUCCGUUCAGUUCUUCAUUGCGUGGCGAAUCAAGAUAAUCAGCAACUCUCUUGCCAUGCCCAUCGUCAUUGUGGUCCUCGGCACUUGCUCACUGAUUGGAGGCGUCACACUCACGGGUUUAGUAAUACGUGAGCGAGAAUGGGCCGCCUUCACAAAAUUCGAACCUGCUGUCAUAACCUGGCUGGGGGCUUCGGCCGUUGCAGACGUCUUGAUCACAGCCUCGCUCUCUUGGUCACUUGCAAGUCCCGUUUCAAGCUCUGCUGCUACCGAUGACAAGGUUACCAAAAUCAUUCGUCUCACUGUCCAGACUGGCCUCGUCACCGCCAUCUUCGCUACACUCGAUGUUGUUAUUUUCGUAACUGUCAAGGGAACAACCCUCAAUUUCCUUUGGGACUUUCCUCUCUCCAAGCUGUACACCAACGCGUUGCUUAGCACAUUAAACGCUCGUGCGGGAUGGAACAAAUUAACCGGUACAGGGCAAUCAACCGAUGAGAACAAUGUUCUCAUGUUCAGGCGCAGCGAGCUUCGACAGUACCCAACCACGCACCGUCAGACAGUCACUGGUGUCUUCGAGCUUGAAGCAACAGUAAGUCAGGCGCAAGAGCAUCGCGUUCGGUUAGGCAAGCUGGAUAAUAGGAUUGAGGUGACAACCGCGGCGGAGCGUCUCGCGGACCGACCGGAAGAAGAGGACCGAUCAGAGGAUCAAAAAUAUAAGAAGAGCGCCGAAAACGAGGUGUAA